AUGCACCAGUCCCCUCCGCGCAAUGAUCUCUUGUUUCUCAUUUCUCUUAGGUUGGCCUUCAUCUGCCUCCAGCUCUCACACGCUAGCGUAGCAACUCUUCCACGGGAAGAUGGAAACUCACCAUCGACUGCCAUGUGUUUUCACAAGUUGUUCGCCAAACCAUGGAUCUUUUACGGAUGCCCUUCACGGUACAUAAAUAUCGACACAACCCUCGGCGGUCUAUACAUUGUCUACACUCCGCAUGCCACGGCUUAUAUACUUAGUCGUCAGAUCAUAUCACCGCCGCGAUCCACCAAGCGACGGUCGCUCACACAUCCGGUAGAGCAUCAAGCCAAGAUGCGACCAAGUACGCUCUUUACCAUCUCGCUCUUCUUCGCCAUCGCAAUUGCCGCAAAUCACAGGCUUACCGACAUCUUCAACGUCGACACGAGAGAUCCCAACGUCCACCUGAGCUCCUGCUCGCGGAGACUUAACCCGAGUGACCCCAGCACGCUGAUCUACGACCAAAACGCUCCUCUAGGGGAUCGUACCUACGUACUGAACCGCAUCUGGUAUUGGGUGGAGUACAUCGUGGACACUGCUCAGGUGGGACUCUCCAGGGAGAGCUACCAAAACAACGAGGAGGUCCGCAAGCUCUUGUACGUAUUCUUCGGCGUCAAACCUGCUGUGCAAAACUCGGAGAAUGAGUCGCCUGAGCCCGGUCUGAACACUCUGCACGAUCAGAAGCUUCGUAAAGUACGAGACUUCUACGAAGCCGUAGCUGACGUGACCACCAAGCCGCAACACGACCAGCAGAGCAAGCCAAGACUAUUCUGUGACCAUACGUUCGCCGAUUUGCAACAGGGCUAUGAGAGCUACCUUGACAAGAACGGCAAACCGACCAGGAAGCCAAAUAGCAACGAUUUCUACACAUUGAGAGAGUGGGAGCAGCUGCACGGGCGAGAUUUUUGGUUUAACAUGGUAUUGGCGGAUAGAUGCCUUGGACCUGCGAUCCCCAAGAACGACCCCACUGAGCAAAUACCGUUCGCAAUCGACCCUCGCACCAACAAGCCCAACUUAUGCGCCGAUCCGAACUACAACGCAAUGACUUUUGCUCUAUCUGACACUAACCCACCGCUUCUCCCUGGUACAGAAGCGUGGUUGCUCCCUGCAAUCGUCGUCCUCUGCCCACGAAGCCUCUCCGCCUACCGCCCCUAUGGACCAGAUCUCACCCAGCAGCCGGAGGGCACCCAUCUCGACUCCAUGGACACAAGUCCGAUAACACUCCUGCACGAGCUGUUCCACCUCGCAGUGCUGGCGGCAACGGACAACAAGCCCUGGCACGCCGACAUCAUCGACGCCUCGCUCCAAACCAUCGACCCCUCCUGGCCCUCGUACAAAGCCGGCUUCGACUUCCUCCGCCACGCCAGCCCCGCGCAACCCCAUACCUACGGCGCCCUGCAAUCCCUGACCCUCGCGCUCUACGAACUCGCAUACCCGGAGACGCUGGACCUCCACGACCUCGAGUCCCUCACGAGCGCGGAGAACUAUGCCUGGUUCGGGCUGACGCUCCUCUUGCUGGGGCACACGCAUCAGGAUUGGUCGACGGGCGUGGCGAGACCUGGGGGGUCUCCGUGGAGUCCUGUGAAGGCAGCUGUUCCGAUUAUGUUUCCUCCUGGGGCGAAGAUUGCGCCUAUCACCAGGCUGGUGUCGAAUAGUACUGAUGAGGACAUCACGGCGAUGUGGCAGAACCCCACCAUGGGGGCCACGGGUCCUAUCACUGCGUUCGACGAGUGGACGACGUUUGUGACGUCUGUUAAGGCGAGACUAUAG